UGCUUUUAGUCGCGCGCCCCGCCCCGGGGACUAGCUGCUGGCGCCGGGGUACGGGCGACUGUGCGCAGGGCCUUCGGCCACCGACGGCGGUGCGCGAGGACCGCGGCUGACCCGCCGGAGCCAUGCGCGCCCCGUCCGGCCUGCUGGGGCCCCGGGGGCCGCUGUCGCUGGCCCUCUUGUGUCUCCUCGCCGCGGCGCGCGGGAGCUUGGCGGAAGGCCAGCCCUCAGUUUCACCUUUGACAAGUCUACCCAUUGAAGAAGAAAGGAUAACAAAGUAUUCUAACCUUUCCUUGGAGAGUCAUAACAUACCACCCACAGUUUCACCUUUGACAAGUCUACCCAUUGAAGAAGAAAGGAUAACAAAGUAUUCUAACCUUUCCUUGGAGAGUCAUAACAUACCACCCACAGCUUCACCUUUGACAAGUCUACCCAUCCAAGAAGAAAUGUUGACAAAGUAUUCUAACCUUUCCUUGGAGAGUCAUAACAUAUCAUUGACUGCUUCACCUUUGACAAGUCUACCCAUCCGAGGAGAAAUGAUGACAAAGUAUUCUAACCUUUCCUUGGAGAGUCAUAACAUAUCACUGACCGAACAUUCCAAUGUACCGGUGGAAAAAAAUAUCACUUUAGAAAGACCUUCUAAUAUAGAACUCACAUGCCAAAUCACAAUAUCUAGGGGUGUGAAUUCAGUAAAUGUGACUUGGAAAAAAGGUGAUGAACUACUUGAGAAUUAUCUCACCAAUGCAACAGGAUGCAUCCUGUAUGCCCAGUACAUGUUUACCAUCAUUAAUAGCAAACAAAUGGGAAGCUAUUCUUGUUUCUUUGGAGGAGAAAAGGAACAAAGAGGUACAUUUAACUUCAAAGUCCCUGAGAUUCAUGGAAAAAACAAACCAUUGAUCACUUACGUGGGGGAUUCAACUGUCUUGAUGUGUAAAUGUCAACAUUGCUCUCCUUUACAUUGGACCUGGUACCAUAGUAAUGGGAGUGUGCAGGUUCCUAUUGAUGUUCAAAUGAGCGAGAAGUAUGCGAUCAAUAGAACAAAUGCUAAUGAAACAAGGCUGAAGAUCAUGCAACUUACAGAGGACAAUCAGGGAUCUUACUGGUGCCAUGCAGUAUUCCCAUUAGGCGAGAGUGAAGAGCGCAUUCAACUUGUGGUGCUGAGUUACUUGGUGCCGCUCAAACCAUUUCUUGGAAUAGUUGUUGAGGUUGCUAUUUUAGUGGCUGUUAUUCUGCUUUGUGAAACAUACACCCAAAAGAAAAAGAAGCACAUAGAUGAUGGGAAAGAAUUUGAACAAGUUGAACAGCUGAAAUCAGACGAUACCAAUGGUGUAGAAAAUAAUGCCCCCAGGCACAGAAAAAAUGAGUCCGUGAGCCAAUGAAAGCGAAACAUCGUGUCAAGAGUCAUGGGAACAUGUGCAGUUUGUAUUUCAGCUUUAUUUAUGCUUCCUAUUAAGAACAUCUGAAUUUUUAUUUUUGAAAGGAUGAAAAUUUUAUGCAAUAUAUUGCUCAGCAGUAGCUUUGUAAUAAUAUAUGUAUGUGGGAUCUAAAGAUAUAUUUUCAGUCUGCACUUAUUUUUACAUUAAAGCAAGGUAAAUUAUAUUAAAAAUGUUCUAUGAGCUAUAACCUAGGAUGAUUAAUUUCAUCCUGGUCAUGAAGGGAUGCACAGAACAGAUACCAGCAAAACCAGUUAAUACUACACAGAACUAAUGUCAUUCAAGACCUGUUUAUAACCAAAGAAUUCAUUAAAAAGAAAAUCUUUGCCAUUUGCCUUAAAAA